ACUGAGCUAUCCGGGCUUCUGAAUGCUGUGUGUAUGUAAAUUUCUUUUUAUGUAUCACACAAAUUUGAUAACUUCUAGAUUCAUAUGUUUCGGGGAACUGGUUUGUGGCGCGCAAGCGCUUUAUGAGUACACGUUUCACAGCGCCUACGUUAGGUAUAGUUUUAUGUGUUCUUUUGAGCAUUUACUAAGAGCAAUGGCUUUAAGGAACACAGCGCAGGAGCGGAAUAUUACAACAUGCACGUUGCGAUGGUUAAACCGACCACCGCCGCCGCGGCCUUCACAUCCUCGGUGUGUCCCAGCAGAGCUUCCCACACACUGCGCGUCUCACUGGGGCAGGAGAGCACAGUGGUGCCGCUGGAUAAGCUCAAGUCAGCCAGGGUUCAUUUCAAAGGUCCCACAAUAUCCUACAUGGGAGCCAGUAGCUGAGAGGCAACUUCCUUCUCCUACUAAAGUCUCUCUGGACCUUGUGGAUAAGUUGGAGAGACUUGCUCUUGUAGACUUUGGCAGCCAGGAAGGUGUUGAGUGUCUGGAGAAAUCCAUUCGCUUCGCUGAUCAGCUCCAUGUCAUUGACACAGACGGUGUGAAACCAAUGGAUUCUGUUCUAGAGGACAGAGCUUUGUAUCUGAGAGAAGACACAGUAACUGAGGGAAACUGCGCAGAGGAACUUCUUCGACUCUCCAGAAUCACAGAAGAGGAAUAUUUUGUAGCACCUCCAGGAAACAUCCCUCUUCCGAAGAGAGAGGAGCGAACCACCAUGCUGAAGCACUCAGAGCUCUGAGAUCAAAAAUAUCCAGUGAGACAAACUGUUCCAAUAAACAUGUUCCUACUUAAUCUUACUGCUGUAUACAUUAACACACAUGAUCACUGAUAAAGUUUUAGUUAUUACUGUAUACACACUCACACACUACGGACAAUUUUCCAGAGAUGCCAAUCAACCUACCAUGGCACUCCAAUGGAUGGGUUGGCACUCCGUCCAGGGUGUAUCCUGCCUCAAUGCCUGAUGACGCCUGAGAUAGGCACAGGCUCCCCGUGACCCGAGAAGUUCGGUUAAGCUUUAGAAAAUGAAUGAAUGAAUAUUACUGUCUACAGGUCAGGAUCAGGGUGGAUAUGGAGUUGAUCACUGGGGUUUAAUUGUAAAUGACAUAGCACAGAUUUAUGUCAAAAAAGACAUAAUAGCAAAAGACAAAAGAUAAGAAAGGAAAUUACACAAUAUAAUGUCACCUUUUUAUUCCAGCCAUAGAGCUUUAUUGUCCUGAAAUUCAUACUCCAGAGCACAUUAUGUCCAAGUUUUAUCCAACUUUUAUUAGACUUCUUUUUCAGUUACGGAAGUCUGACUAUUUUCCAAUUGAUUCAUCUAAAGUUUAAUUUAGUAAACUGAGUAAUAAUUAUGAGUAUGCAGUAACUACUCAAUAAUCUCACAGUUACCAAAAAUAAUUCUCUGACCUUUAGGCAGUUUUGAGAAAGAUUACACACCUGUAAAAGCUUCAAAGACACACCUGUGAAAGAUUACCUGACAAUAAAUGAGUCAUUAACAUGAACAUUGCUUUUAAGAAUCGGUCAGAUGAAGUGCUACUAGGGGUCAGUUUUCCAUGCAUUCAGAUCUUUCUUACCACAUGGUCCUAAUUUUCAUCAUGACUUUAUAUUCUCAUUUCUUCACUGGAAUUUUGUCACUAGGACACAUUUGUAGCUCAGAGCUGCUGCUGCUUCUCUAAAGACAAUUAAAGAAUAAAGAAAUUAAAGACAGUCCUGUGCUCAUCUCAGCACUCAAUCACAGCCUGCCCAUGUUGAACACUUUCAACACAUCCAUCAUCUCAGGGACUUUAUCAUCUCAACACCGUUGUCUCUAAAUUGCUCAUUAGGGAACUAAAUCUACAACCAGAUUUCUGAACAGCUGCUUUCUAGAAAUGUUGAUUGUUAAAAAAAAUACAAUAUGUAUGUAUAUAUAAUGUACAUAUAAUAAAAAAUUACAUGUAUUCA